CUGUUACUGGACAAUGUGUUGAUAGGAGCAUGUGUACUGAAUCAAAGGAAAACAAAGAUUGUCUGAAAUCAGAUCCAAAUACUCAAAUUCUCAACUUGCAAAGCCUGCCCUCGUACCUGCUGCAAUCGUCACCCAAUCUGUAACAUGAUGUGCACACCUGGAUGUGAAUGUAAAUCUGGGUAUGUUAUUAGCAGCACAACAGGAAAAUGUAUUCCGGAGACAAGUUGUCCAAUAAUUAGUCCAGUUGUUUGCCCGGGAAAUACAACCUAUCAGGAAUGUGCAUUUAAUCAGCAAUGUUCUAAGACUAGCUGUCAGUCGGCAAUACCUAAGAAUUGUAAACCAGGUUGUGCGUGUCGCGACGGAUAUCUUGAAAAUGCCAAUGGGAACUGUGUUUUGCCAGCUGAUUGUGAUUCUAAAAUUAACUGCAGUGGUUUGGAUCCUAAUUCAGAAUUCUCGCUUUGUGGAACAUGCAGGCGUAGUUGCGAUGAUAAAUCACCAAUUUGUGAUGCUAAAUGUCAUAUUGGAUGCUUCUGUAAAAAGGGAUACGUUCUUGAUAAGCCAGAUGGAAAGUGUAUUCCCGAAAAAUCUUGUCCGACUAAACCCAAACAUGAUGACUCUAAGAAAGACAAGUCUAAGCCUAAAAAGGAUGAUUCCAAAAGGACAAAUCAAAGCCCAAGAAAGAUGAUUCUAAGAAAAACCCAUCAAAACCUAAACAUGACGAUUCAAAGAAGGACAAAUCAAAACCCAAGAAAGAUGAUUCCAAGAAAGACAAAUCUAAACCAAAACAUGACGGAUCCGGAUCAACAUCAUCAAAAGAUGCUCUUUGCAAAAAACAAGAUCCCAAUACUGAAUAUCGAACUCGUCAGUCAUCUAGCUGCGUCUCGGUUGUUUCUGCCAGAAACAUUUAGUACAGGUAUCAUACACAAACAGAACCUGUGUAGCUCCAGCAGACUGUCCAAGCAAACCACCAGUAAAACAUGCCCGAAAACAAUGAUAUUCACCGACGAGGGUCGAUUAUAUUAUUGUGGCAACAAAAAUUCAGACUACAAGAAGAAUAACUGCGUGUGCCCCCCAGGAUAUCGUUAUGACCGAAUUAAGUCUAUCUGUGUGGAACCCUGUGACUGCUCCUACUCUGAUGCAGAUUUGGAAUGCUACAAGAAAGAUCCAAACACUGAAUAUUACGAUUGUAAAUCAGAUAAAUGUGUGCCAACUUGUGAAAGUCAAUACCCAGAUUACUGCAAUAAGAAAUGCACCGUAGGUUGUCAUUGCAAACAAGGUUUGUUGCAAAUAUCUGAGAAAAACGCAACCUGUGUUCUACCAUCGCAAUGCCCACAACCACAAUGCUGUCAGCAUUCUACAUACACAGAUAAAUGUAUUGAAUCUAAACGUUGUGACAACAUGUAUCUGAACUUUGCUCAGGCACUCUGUGAUGGAGUCAAACGAUGUGUCUGUAAUCCAGGAUAUGUUAUGAACAGCAAACAAGAAUGUGUUUUACCUCAAGAAUGCAAACCUGAAGAAAUUCGUUGUCCACAAAACAUGGAAUACAGCACUUGUCAUACUUGUGAAAAACAAUGCGAUAACUUGGAUCCUGUAUGCACUAAAGAAUGCAAAGUUGGUUGUUUCUGUAUCAAAGAUCAUGCCCUAAAUUCUGAAAACGUCUGCGUGCCUAUUAAGGAUUGUCCAGCAAAAUGUCCAGCAAACGAAGAACACAAACAAUGCAAGUCUUUAACACCAGCAACUUGCAGCAAUCUGUUGACUCAAUCCAAACCAAAAAUAUGUAAGGAAGUUUGUGUCGCUGGAUGCGAUUGCAAGAGUGGUUUUGUAAGAAAUGAAAAACAAGUCUGCGUAGAACCUUCAAAAUGCCCCCAAACAGAACUUAAAUGUGGAGUGAACAUGGUUUAUACUGGUACCAAAUCAAAAUGCUCUACGUGUCCAUCUACAGGAAAACCAACCUUCACCAUGAAAGAUGGUUGUGAUUGUGUUGACAAUCUGGUAUUUGAUACUGCAACUGGCCAAUGUGUUGAUAAGAGCAUGUGUACUGAAUCCAAGGAAAACAAAGAUUGCAUAAAGGCAGAUCCAAAUACUAAAUUCUCAACUUGCAAAGCUUGUCCUCGUACCUGUUGCAAUCGUCAUCCAAUCUGUAAUGCAAUGUGCACACCUGGAUGUGAAUGUAAAACUGGCUACGUUAUAAGCAGCACGACUGGAAAAUGUAUUCCGGAAACAAGUUGUCCAGUAAUAAACCCAGUUGUUUGUCCAGGAAAUACAACUUAUCAAGAAUGUGCAUUUAAUCAGCAAUGUUCUAAGACUAGCUGUCAGUCGGCGGUACCAAAGAAUUGUAAGCCAGGUUGUGCUUGUCGUGACGGAUAUCUUGAAAAUGCCAAUGGGGACUGUGUCUUGCCAGCCAAUUGUGAUUCUAAAAUUAACUGUAAUGGUUUGGAUCCUAAUUCAGAAUUCUCGGUCUGUGGAACAUGCAGGCGAAUUUGCGAUGAUAAAACACCAAUUUGUGACGCUAAAUGUCAUAUUGGAUGCUUCUGUAAGAAGGGUUACGUACUAGACAAGCCAGAUGGAAAAUGCAUUCUUGAGAAAUCUUGUCCAACAAAGCCCAAAAAUGAUGACCCCAAGAAAGACAAAUCUAAACCUAAAAAAGAUGAUUCUAAAAAGGAUAAAUCAAAACCCAAAAAAGAGGAUCCAAAGGAUGACAAAUCUAAACCAAAGAAGGAUGAUUCCAAGAAAGAUCCAUCUAAACCCAAACAUGAUGACCCCAAAAAGGACAAGUCCAAACCUAAAAAAGAUGAUUCUAAGAAUGACCCAUCUAAACCCAAACACGAUGAUCCUAAAAAUGACAAAUCCAAGCCCAAAAAAGAAGACUCUAAGAACGGCAAACCUAAAAAAGAUGACUCCAAGAAAGAUCCAAGUAAACCUAAACACGAUGACCCCAAAAAGGACAAGUCUAAGCCCAAAACGACGACCCCAAGAAAGACAAAUCCGAACCUAAGAAAGAUGAUUCCAAAAAGAACCCACCCAAAAAAGAUGACUCCAAAAAGAAGGACCCUUCAAAACCAAAAACGGAUGAUCCUAAGAAGGACAAAUCUAAUCCCAAAAAAGACGACUCCAAGAACGGCAAACCCAAACACGAUGAUCCCAAAAAGGACAAAUCAAAGCCCAAAAACGAAGACCCCAAGAAAGACAAGUCUAAACCCAAGAAAGAUGACCCAUCUCCGCCUAAGAAAGAUGAUUCCAAGAAAAACCCACCUAAAAAAGAUGACUCCAAAAAGAAAGACCCAUCAAAACCAAAAACUGAUGAUCCCAAGAAGGACAAAUCUAAGCCCAAAAAUGGAGACUCCAAGAAAGACAAGUCUAAACCUAAAAAAGAUGACCCAUCUCCGCCUAAGAAGGAUGAUCCCAAGAAAGACCCGUCACCACCUAAAAAGGAUGAUUCCAAAAAGAAAGACCCUUCAAAACCAAAAACGGAUGAUCCAAAAAAGGACAAAUCUAAACCAAAAGGAGAUGAUUCAAAGAAAGAUCUAUCUAAACCCAAGAAAGAUGACCCCAAGAAGGACCCAUCUCCGCCUAAAAAGGAUGAUUCCAAAAAGAAGGACAUGUCAAAAACAAAACAUGAUGACGACGGCAAGAAAAACACCUCAAAGCAAAAGAAGCGUAGCCAUUAAGUGCCCACCCAAUUCAACACCCACCAAGUGCAAGAAACAAUGUCCUAGCAAAUGUCCAAGUAAAUUUAAGGAACUGUUCGUAUGUCUUCCCAACAAAAAGUGCCAACCUGGAUGUGACUGCAACAAAGGAUACGUUUUGAACAAUCACAACCAAUGUGUACUACCAAAGGACUGCCCCUCUGAUGAUACCAGAUGCCUACCUGGAUUGCACUAUGAAAAUAGUAGCAGACCACAAACCUGUGAGGACUUAACAUUGGAUUCCUUGGAUUACAAAAAGGGAUGCUUCUGUAAAAGUCCAUUAGUGUUCGACCCGGUUAAGAAACAAUGCGUGACUGCAGAUGAUUGUUCAGUGUGUCCAGAAUUAUCAGCGCAAUGUCAUAAACAAGAUCCUAAUUCAGUCUACUCAAAAUCUCAUAUCUGUGAAAGAUGCUGCACUGAUUUAACACCUAACCCAUUGGAGCAAUGUACCAAUGAGUGUAUUUGCAAAGAUGGUUAUGUGAGGGGAAUUGAUAACAAGUGCAUACCAGUUGCUGAAUGUCCAGUUAAAUGUGGUCCAAAUUCAACUUAUCGUGAAUAUGUAAACCAAUGUGGUAGGACCUGUAAGACCCAUCACAUGGCCCCGUAUAUUUUGUGCGCUUUGUUAAAGAAUCCUGGUUGUGAUUGUGAUGAAAAUUAUGUCACCAAUGAAGAAACUGGUGAAUGUGUGUUGAUUGCUGAUUGUCCUUCUGAAGAAUGCCCACCUGAUACACACAAAGAAAAGUGUUCCCGGCCUCGUACCUGUGAAGAUAUCGGAAGGAAAAAGGAGGUUGAAGGAUGUUUCUGUAAGGAACCUUUGGUAUACCAUGAAGGACUUAAGAAGUGUGUGAAUAGCGCACUGUGUCCUAACUCACCAGAAAAUCUAAAUUGUUUAUCGCUUGAUCCCAACUCUGAAUACGUCACCAGUCAUAUCUGUGAAAGGUCCUGUACUGAUACCUCACCUCUACUUAAAACAAGAUGUGGAAAAGGUUGUGUUUGUAAAGAAGGAUUUGUCCGUAAUGCCCAAUGGGAAUGUGUACCUAAAAAUGAAUGCUUAACAUGUGGACCUAAUGCAACCUACACCGAUUCUGUUGACACCUGUGGUAGAACCUGUGGAACCUACAACCUAAGGCAUUUAAUACAAUGCGAACCACCUCUGCCCGUACCUGGAUGCAACUGCAAUGAAGGAUUUGUUUUGAAUUCCAAUGGUCAAUGUGUUGUUAUUGAUGAUUGUACCGGAGAAGAGUUAGGUUGUCCACCUAAAACCCACUUUGAAGUGAGUCACAAACCUAAGACCUGCAAUGAUGUUAACACCAAGAACUAUGAAAACAAAAAGGGUUGUUUCUGUGACAAAGCCAAGGUGUAUGAUGAGGUUGCAUUUAAAUGUGUAGCACCUGAAAAAUGUGCUUUUAUCAACAAAACCGUGAUUGUCAGGCACAAGAUAUCAACUCUGUGUUUGUAAGCUGUGCUUCUUCAACCAACAUCACUUGUGAGAAUCCAAAUGGUCCCAUAACAAAAGAUUGUCGUCAGAGGUGUGUGUGCAAAGAGGGAUACAUCUAUAAGAGUAAAACUGAAUUGGUCUGCAUACCUGCAGAUCAAUGUAAACCACC